CUGCUGUGUAGGGCUGGUGCGGAUCAAUGCACCUGACGGGACGGGAACUUAUACAAUUUGCCCACCCAUACUGGCCAUCUGACGCCCAUCGCACCUUGCAUACCAGUGACAUUCAGUAAAGAUACCCUCAUGGUAGCUAUUCGAGCGCUUCGCCUUGUCUUUGAAAGCACUACUUGACCACAUUCAAACACCACCACGUGCACGCUCCCGGCCGCCGAAAGUCCUCCAAUACAAUGGAAUGCGCUUUUCCUGCGCUGGAAAUCCUGGCCGAGCCGGAGCUCGAGUUUGAUAGUUCGACACUGGUUCAUGGGAAGCAUGAAGCAGUUCUUGAGACUUCCAAGACCAAGGCAACGAGCACACUCCAUGGAGUCAAGGGCGGCGAAGAAGUGGAAUUAGCAACCACCUCGAACCGCAGCGAAGGUACCAAUGAAACCAUGGAAACCACGUUUAGCGGUAGCACAAAAUGCGACGAACCCAACCCGCAGUGGCCGGAGACUACUGGCAUGUACAAGGAAGCCUUCAGAAAACCAAACGAACCGGGUUAUAUGCCAUUGACCAUCGCGAACGUAUGGAAACUCAUGACAGGGGGCGAUCAAAGGCUCAGCACCAAGCGAGACGACAUGUACGGGAUGAUAUUCUCGCUUUAUCCGUUACUGAAGACAGCCAACCCUUAUGUGGCCGAUCGGCUCGCCAAUCACUAUGCAUCUCUGUUCUGCCGGCUGGAGCAAUGGGAACCUCCCAUGCUUGGCAUACGGGAUGAAACCACGGCUGUUGCAAUCUUACGCCCAUUCGUGUGUGUAUGCGAAACCUGUGCCAGCCCUAACGACUUCGGAUCCUUUGAUGAAUGGGCCGGCCACAACGACGAGGCCCAUCGACUGCAUACCAAGUGUUGGUCCGAUCCUGAAAAUCUCACCCGUGACGUUGCCACUUGAACCGUGCAAGUUCUGCGGCCAAAGGGUUUGGUUCUGGGAGAGCUUGGAGCAUCAAGCCUUCCACUUGUAUCAUGUGGCCCACGGGUUCUUGCAAGUCGCGUGGAAACAUAUUCAGGCAAACCCCAAGUUCAAGUUGUCUUCGGAGAUUCGACAGUAUUUUGUGGAAGUGGUGGAAUUGGGCUUGUUUUUCCAAUCUACUUCAAGUUCGUCAUCUUGGAGUCUUGAGGCAACACCGGAGACCUUAAGAGCAGGGGUUUAAGAGCUGGACACAGUUAUGAUGGAUGGGUUCAUUGGAGAGCUGGACACAGCUAUGAAAGGUGGGUCCAUGCUCAUCGAA